UCAGAUCUCUGUCAUGGCGUUGAGUCCUGGUAGGGAACCUACGUACCACUGGAUGGGAUUAAAUAUUGCCUUUCUUAGAAAUUGAGCGCUCUUUUUCUUGGAGAGGAUUAUUUCGCAGUCAACGCUAUGGUGUGAGUCCGGAGCUGAAAUCUUCUUCAUUGGCAAGCUGUGUCGUUACUGUUCUUUGGGGACUGAGUGAGGUCUUCAGCACCGAAUCAAUUUACUUUCCGUUCGCUUUAAAUUUCCUGAGAAUGACAGCGAGUCCAUUUUAAUUUCGCAAUUGGAAACUUCUUUGUUUCGUGCUCUUUUUGGGGCUUCGGGGAUUGGGAUUAGAAAAAGUGGGAGUUCUUGAUUUCCUCUGUUCAGUGGGGUUUUUUUAAUAGAUUUCGAGAAAAUAGAUGUAGGAAAAAGAGCGGCACUCAGAAAGCUGAGGCCUUUUUCAGUUCUUCCAAGCUCUUCCGACUUUCUAGGAAACCCAUAUGGCGAAGAAGGACCACUUUCUUGCUCUUUAUUGGGGUUCCAUUUGUAGAGAGACUUCUUGGUUGAAUUCGCUAGUUGGAGCUGUGUUUUUGAGCUUUGUGUAUUAGGUCUUUGUUAACUGAAAUAAUAUAGAACGGUGGAGAUUUGCUUUCUCGGAUUCAAUUUGUGAUGGAAGAGAAUGCUGCUAUUCGUACUAUCCGGAGUUCGAUCCAAGCUCUGGGAAGCGGUUUUGAUGUAAACUGUGACACGAGAUUGCUUUAUUGCAAGGGGACGAAAAGUUCUAGGAUUGUGGAGGUGGACGAAGAGCACGUUAGGGAUCAAAUUGCAUUCGAUGAUGUGUUGUUGCCUGAGGUUUCCAGAGAUGUGAGGUUUUCCCAAGAAAUUGGAGGGCGGCAGAGCACUGUUGUUUGCAGUUACCUGGAGAUGGCAGGAAUUUUUAACAAGAGAGCUCAGCUCUCAGGAAAUACUCCUCUUGGUGGUUUCAAUUUUGCAUUCAGCUUUACUGGUUCAAAGAAAAUUGAUAUGGCUUCUACAAAAAGCCUUGCUAUGGAUGGAAUGUUUAUGCCUUUGUGUAAGGUUAUGCUAACCAAACAACCUUCAUCCUUAGGAGAAGAUGUUAAGAAGGCCGUACCAAGUUCUUGGGAACCAUCAUUGUUAGCCAGAUUUAUUGAAAGUUAUGGCACUCACAUUAUUACAUCAGUUACCAUUGGUGGUAAGGAUGAAAUAUAUGUCAAGCAGCAAAGCUCAUCACACUUAUCGUUCAUGGACAUAAAAAAUUAUAUCCAAGAUAUAGGAGAUCAGAGAUUCUCUGAAAAUGAAGGUCAUUCAAGUUCUGGUCCAAUGAAAAUGAAAGAUAAGGCCACCGAUCCUUUUUCUUUUAAUGGUCAGGGUGUAUAUCCGCAACCACCUACUGCUCCGUAUCUUAGUGCAAAAGAGGAUGUCACAAUCAUUUUCAGAAGAAGAGGAGGGGAUGAUCUCAUUCAAAGCCACAGCCAGUGGAAAAAUACUGUAAGGCAUGCACCUGACAUUAUUGAGAUGACCUUUAUGCCUAUCGCUUUUCUUCUUGAUGGAAUUCCUGGGAAGGACCAUCUAAUCCGUGCCAUCGCUCUUUAUUUAGAAUAUAAGCCACCCAUUGAGGAACUGCAGUACUUCCUAGAAUUUCAAGUUGCUCGGGUAUGGGCUCCAAUAAGAGAAAAUCUUCCAGGGCAUCACAGGAAAGAGCCAGUCUGCCCAUAUUUGCAGUUCAGCGUGAUGGGUCAGAAGCUUUACAUCAGCCUAGAACAGGUAUCGGUUGUCCGCAGGCCUGUAACUGGGUUGAGGCUCUGUUUGGAAGGAAUGAAACAGAAUAGAUUGACCAUUCAUUUGCAACACUUGGCAUCCCUGCCAAAAGUUCUCCAACAAUAUUGGGAUUCUCAUAUCCCAAUUGGUGCGCCCAAGUGGCAAGGACCUGAAGAACAAGACAGCAGGUGGUUUGAACCUGUAAGGUGGAAGAACUUUUCCCAUGUGAGCACAGCUCCAAUCGAGCACAAUGAUGCCUUCAUUGAUGACUUAUCAGGUGCCUUCGUAGUCACUGGAGCUCAGCUUGGCGUUUGGGAUUUUGGGUCUAAAAAUGUUCUCUACUUGAAGCUUCUUUAUUCCAAGUUACCUGGCUGCACUAUCAGGCGAUCUUUCUGGGAUCACAAUCCAGUUCUAUCAGGUGAAAAUCUCAAGUAUGAAGCAGUGAAGGAGUCAGCUAAUUCUACUGAUUCACAGAGCUCAAGCUCCAAGGUUGUUGGGAAGUUGCAGAAGCUUAUAGAAAUGUCUGAGAUUUCCAAAGGACCUGAUGAUGUUCCUGGGCAUUGGCUUAUUACUGGAGGCAAGUUUGGAGUUGAGAAAGGAAAGAUUGUUUUGAGGGUGAAGUAUUCAUUGCUUGCCUAUUGAUGCGGACUUUUUCAGUUGUUUGGGCAAAUGUAAAUUAGCGAAGGUAGCACUCUGAUGGUUAUUUUGGUGAAUGAGAGGGAGUUUAUUUUCCAUGAAAGGCAUUCUUUUGGUCUUUAUCAAUUUGUUUAUCCAUAGUGUUUUUUUGGCC